CGGGUAGCGAGACUAUUUAUUAGAGACUAGAGGUCAUACUAGUGAGAGGGUGAGGGUGAGGGUGAGGGUGAGAGAAAGGAAGAGAGCAAGGGAGAGAGAGAGAGAGAGAGAGAAAUUAAAACAAUCUCGAUAAAAAUUACAUAUUGUAUUCUUAUCUGCUGUGUCUCAACUCUCCUACAACCAUAUCACAGCUUCUGAUAUUUGGCGAUCGAUGUACAAUAUAUAGCUUCGAUAUAUAGCUUCGAUGUACAGUAUAUAGCUUUGUGAUCAAUAGGUUAAAUAGACCAUAAGAGCUGUUAACACUUCACAAACAUCAAUAUGACUUCUGCACCAUCUACGGUUCUGUCUGCGGUUGCUCCUACCAUAGAGGCAGAGAAGAAUCAUGCGCACGCAGAAAAGUGGAAUACACGUCCGACGCAGGGUCAAUCGCAUACACAACCGCAAGCUCCAUCCCAGGGCCAAUUGGAGUCCCAGGGUCAGGACUUGGUCGCCGAAGCGAACUCUGAGAAACGUGGUGACGCGCCUGUGUCUGAUGUGUCAAUGCAGAAUAUGACUACAUAUGCGAAGCACGUUGGGCGCACAACAACACGGGACUUGUCAACACAUACGUUUGCACCAGAACCAUGGUUGCAAUAUGGUGACGACAACGGCCACGAAUAUUAUCGGCUUGGGAGCGAGACGCCGGAACCGGUAAGGUCAUCCAGGCACAGGAAGGAAUCCGGGGACGAGGAGUACAAAUUCUCGUUGGAUGGGAUUCUAGACACCAAAUUGAAAGAUACUUUCUCCAAAUUGGAUGCGCUCUGCCAGGAAACGCUGAAGAACAAACGUCGUGUGCCAGCGUGUAUGCGAACCAGUGCGCAAAGGCAUGAUAGUCACGGAUGCCUCCCGAACCAGGAACCCCUGAGUGAUCUAAGCACUCUGACGCCGCGCAAAGUUGACAAGUCAAGUCUCCAGACUCGCACGAAGGAUUCACGAGGCCCCAAAUUGGGAGAUACUUUCUCUAAAUUGGAGGCGCUCUGCCAGGAAACAUUGAAGAACAAGCGUCACGUGCCGGCGUGUAAGCGAACCAGUGCGCAACGGCACGACAGUCAUGGAAGUCUCGCGAGCCUGGGAAGCCUCGGCAAUCUGAUCAAUCUGAUGCCGCACAAGAGUGGUAAGGGUAGUCCUCAGAUUGGCGUGAAGGUCCCGAACACGCCACAGCAACCAGUGCCCUCGUUUAAUGUGGAAACGGCUUCCCCCUUGCCGUCCACACUGGCCGAGGGUACUAAGCGUUGGUCCAAUGUGGAGCCGGACAACCUCUCGCCGUCUACUCCAGUAUCUACGCAAGUCUCUAAGCCCGAGCCAACGAAGGAGCCGGAGACAGGACCCACAAACGACAAGAAAUCGGAAGAACCGCCGCCCCAAAAGAAGGAGGGAUGGUUCGCAUCCCUGUGGAAGUGGAUACCGAAGCUGCCUGCGCGUGGUCACACCGGAGAGGAGCUGAGUAUGUACUUCGACAAGGACAAGGGCAAGUGGAUCAAUCCGAAUGAGCCCGAGGAGGAAGAUGAAGCACCUCCGCCACCGCCACCCAAAACACUGGGCUACGUUCCAAGUGACGACAAGGAACUAUCUACUUCGGGUAGAGGUGCUCCCACUCUCACCGCAGAGUCCAAUUUGCCUGGCAAAGCUCUCGGCACUCCCAAUGGCCUAUCUCCAGGAUUUGGUCCACCCAUGCCUUCCAGCGGCGCCAGCAGGAAGAAAGCGAGGGCGCGAUACGUGGACCCGUUUGCAAAUGGCUAAGUCAUCUCACACUUGGAUGUCAACUCCAUCCUAUCUCCAGUAUUUGGGAAUCUCCCCCCCCCAGCCCUAAUUAAAACGAGGCACUGACAGGAAGAGACGAGGACAACCUUGUGUGGGCGAGGAAAGGGACAGUGUCUUUGAGACGUACCCUCAGCUUCCCACUGGUUGGCUUGUCUCGAUCGCAAGCAGUCUAAUGCGCUAGCUCUGGUACGAGACCCAGUGUUCCAGCGCAUAUAGCCCAAUGACCCGUAUCCGUAUCCGAAUGCAUCUGCAGGUG